AACAACAAACACGCUUCAAGUUCUCAGAUCAAGAUCAUUGGUCAUGAAACGUGUCCUGUUCAUCCGAUGAUGAUCCGCAGUUCCGAUGCAGUCAACUUAUAGGGCAUUGUGUUCACUGCGAGCACGGACUAGUUUCAACAAGAUCGCUCGGCUGUAGGACUCCUGGGCCAUUAUCCUCAAAUUCAUCUCAGUAUCUGCCAUGUCGACGCAGCUAGUGCAGGAUGAAAUAAAUGCGUUACGAGGAGGCGCAGUUCAAGGCUUUUUUGUUUAUGCAGCAGCCGCGGCAACAGUCUACGAAUACGUCAUAACGUUUGCUGAAGAAAUUUUCCUGAUUUGGACCCGCAGCAUCACCCUCAGCAAUGCGAUCUUCUUGCUCAAUCGUUAUGUUCUGCUUUUGUUGGCGGUUUCAGAAAUUUUAAACCCUUUAUCCUGGUACACAGCUUUGAGCUGCGAAGCUACAAACAUGUUCAUCGAGGCCGUUAUGAUCACUAUGUCUAUUAUCGUGGCAGGAUUUUCCGCUCUUCGCGUAUAUGCCAUUGCCAAUGAUGGUUUCAAAGCGAUUUCGGCAGUGGUUGUCCUGUCGCUUGGAUUGGCCCCUGUAGCUGUCGAGCUGUUCUUAUGCAUCCGAAUCUCAUAUUAUUUUGUGGUGCGACUCGGCUACUACCCACUAUGCGAUUACAAUGCACAUUUCUCCUCUUCUGUGAAUACAGCGUUAUUGCUGCUUGCACGAAUGUGCACAACCGUAGCCGACCUAAUUGUUUUGCUGUGCACGUGGGCCCGUACAUACAGAAUAGCAAAAGAAUCCCGGAAGUCAAAUGUGGGUUCAUCUCUAGCAAUGUUGCUACUCCGUGAUGGGACGUUAUAUAUUACGGUCUUGCUCGCUUUUUCGGUGCUCGAAAUAAUUCUUCUCAAAUCCUCUGGUCGGCAAAGCAUAUUCGCCGGUAAUUACAUCAACGCGUUCUCCAUUCCGCUCUCAUCGAUUCUCAUCAAUCGCUUCCUGCUGAACCUUCGCCAAGCCUCAAACAAAGCCGCUGGUCUUGGUGCCCAUUCCAACGCGAUCACACUACACUUGCAGAGCACCCAAUCUUCAUCUCGAAUCGUCGGUAACAUGGGCGAACAUUUGGAAUAUAACUCCGACCUCAGGUUCGCCGACAUGCUCGAAGAGGAUAACGUCGAGGACACCGAGGAUAGAAACGGAUGGGAUGCCAGUGAAGAGAUAUAGAAAAUCAUUCAAAUGUCACAGAGGUGCUGUGUGUACCACCGCACCCCAGGCCCCAAACGUAGACCUUUGAAAUCCAAGGCAGGCUGGGAGGAAGAGAGCCUGGAGGGGGGGGUCAGUGUAUCCAAAUGUACAGAGAGGCGACGAGCCUGAGUCACACGAGAUAUGCACAUCUUUGCUGCGUAACUAAUAUUGAUUUUGCUUCUUUCAAGCGCUUUCCGCCUCCAUCUAAUCCCCUUACGCAGUGAUAGCACAUUGAUUGAUAGGAAAUAGCUGAUCUGAGGAGUAUUUCUGCGCAGGAUGAUAAUCAUAUGGCAAUGGGCA